AUGUUAAAAAUUCAGAAUGUGUCUAAGUGUAACUUGUCAUUUGGGAACAGUCAAAACAGAAAGUUCAGCUAUGGAUAUGCAAGCUCCCCUGGGAAGAGGGCAUCGAUGGAGGAUUUCUAUGAGACAAGAAUUGAUGGUGUGGAUGGAGAGAUAGUUGGUCUUUUCGGAGUCUUUGAUGGUCAUGGGGGUGCUCGAGCUGCAGAGUAUGUUAAACAAAACCUUUUCAGUAAUUUGAUCAGGCAUCCAAAGUUUAUUUCUGAUACCAAAUUGGCAAUAGCUGAUGCAUACAGCCAUACCGAUUCAGAAUUUCUGAAAUCAGAUAAUAGUCAGAACAGAGAUGCUGGCUCAACUGCUUCCACUGCUAUCCUUGUUGGCGAUCGUUUGCUGGUUGCUAAUGUUGGGGAUUCGAGAGCUGUUAUUUGCAGGGGUGGUAAUGGUAAGACUCAGAAGUUUUGUUUUUCACAGCAUCUGAUUGACUUGUGA